GUUUCUGUUUAUGGCUCUCUUUAUUUCCGCUUGUCCUUUUUUUUUUGUUUUGUCUCCUUUUUCCUCUCUUCCUUCUCGGCUUGCUUUCGCUUUAUCUUCUGCCGAGCUUCGCCGGUUUUAGCCAGAAAAGGGAGGGGGUGAACUGCUUUGCGGUGGCGCGUCUCGGUCUCUUUGGUGUUCGUGAAGCCCGAAGAGAUGGGGGAAAGAGGUAGAAGGAAUCGGGGCGGGGGGUUUUGAGGAGGGUCGCCGGGCUUUUGGGCAUUGGAGGGGUUUCGGGAUGUGUGGAUUUUGGGGAAGGAGAUCGGCUGUUCGAGGCUGGGCUAUGGGUUUUGGGGCAUGGGGUUUCUGAAAGUUUUUUCCGUUCUCCAAUUUCUUGGAGAGUUGAAGAGAUUUUUUGGCUGGAAAAAGGUCUCCUUUUUCUUUGGGAAUUAGGAUACAAAAUCCCUAAGUGGGUUUUUGAUUUUUGACCGACGAAAACAAAGAUGUUUGGUAUAGGAUUAAGUUAGGAAAAGAACUGAGGCAUAUCGAACAUUGAAGUGUAGAGAUUGGAGGUCCUUUUAUGAUUAGGUUUAUGGUCUCUUGAAGAGCAGAAGGGGUUUUCUGGUGUGAAGAAGAAAGGCCUGUCAUUCGGCAUUGGGUCUGACUGUGGAGAAAUUUUUCUUAAAUUCUUGGAUUCGAGUUUUCUGAGGUGGACAUUUGAAGUGGGAAAGUAGAGUGCGUGUGGGUGGAGGAGAGGUCUUUCUGUUCGGCAAAAUUGAAAGAUCUUGGUGAUUUAUUAUUAUGAAGGUUUCGGGAGGUGAUCUUUGAACUCCGUGAAGAAGAUUGCAGAGCGAAUUGUCUGACAGAAUUUGAAGUGCUGGAGAUGGUGGCAUUGUGAGUUUACAGAGAAAAAUGGAUUCUUGAGAAGCUGAGGCGGCUCCAGUGUGAGUGUGAUGGGUUGUUCGGGCUCGAAACCAGACCGGAACAAGGCGCUGACUCUCUGCAAAGAGCGCAUGCAGUACAUUAAACAAGCGAUCGACUCGAGGUAUGCUCUAUCAGCAGCUCAACUUUCCUAUGUCCGAUCCCUCCACAAUAUGGGGGCUGCUUUAAGGCAGUUCGUCGAGGCUGAGAUUUUGAUCAAACCAUCACUCGCGUCUUCGGAACCAGACAAAUCUCCCUCCAUUUCCUCUCAUGCUUCACCAUCUCCUUCCCACAUAGCGGAGCAUGUUGCUUCACCAUCACAUAGCUCGAGUCCUUUCUCUCCUCGUGUAUCCAGUAUUAGUUACAUGAAGGCAGCAGCGGGUAGUUCUAUGAAGGUCACAGUUAAGUCAUCCUGCCACUUUGUUGAUGAGGAGUCGCUUACUUUUCCCUUCCCUCCACCACCACCCCCUGAAAUUGGUUCCUCAUGGGACUUCUUUGAUCCCGUUGAUUCAUUAAACAAGGUUGGGGUCCAGAAUGGCGAACAUGAUAUAACCCUGGACAUUAGCAGAUUGAUGGGCUUGAGACAGUCGAAGGAAGAAGAUAUGGCUCCUUCAAUUGAAGAGGAAGCGAAGUUCUCUCGAGCAGAUGAAGAAAUGAAAUGGAACGGGGAUAAUUCAGAGAGAAAUUCUGCAAUUUAUCUGAACUCCACAUCGCGCAAAUUUGAUGGUGGUGGAAGGGUGAUGGAUCAUCCACAUUUGGUGAAUGGCACUGGCUUAGAGGAAUCUGCUGAUCUGGCACAAAAACAAAUUUGCAAUGGUAGAGGGCUAAAGUCUGAUUGUAGCUAUGUUAAUGGAUCAGCUGAGGCUUUGUCUGGAAUUGCUUCAUCUGAGCUACACAGUUCAAAGAGAGAGAAGGCUAACCUGCAGGAAGAACCAUCCAGAGAAAGGAAGGAUGCUUCAGAGUUCAUCACUCGUAGGGCUAAAGAUUUCCUCUCAAGCAUAAAGGACAUUGAACUCUAUUUUACCAGGGCUGCAGAGUCUGGCCAUGAGAUUUCAAGAAUGCUGGAGACAAAUAAGAUUCGGCUCAGCAUCUGCUCUGAGACAAUAGGAAAAUCUUCAGCUUCUCUAUUUCUCUCAGCCUUCCUGAUCUGUUGUAGGGCAGGGAAUGUCUCAGAGCAUGAAUCUGCCCAGCUUGCAACAAAGGUCAUUACUUGGAGCCGCACAGUCUCGUCACGAUCAUCAUCAUCUAGAAAUCCUCUUGUAUCGGCACCAAAAGAUGACACUGCUGAAAGUGGUAGUGAUUUUAUUGAAGAGUUUUGCAUGAUAUCUGGAAGCCAUUCAUCCACAUUGGAUAGACUAUUUGCCUGGGAGAGAAAACUUUACAACGAAGUGAAGGCUAGUGAAUCCAUCAGAAAGGUAUAUGAUCAGAAGUGCAACCAGCUAAGGCACCAAUUUGCAAGGGAUAUGAAUGCCCAAGUAAUCGACAAAACUAGGGCUGCUGUGAAGGAUCUCCAUUCACGAGUAAGAGUAUCCAUUCAAGCAGUUGAAUCAAUAUCUAGAAGAAUUGAGAAGUUGAGAGAUGAAGAAUUGCAACCCCAACUUAUAGAACUAGUACAAGGGUUGAUCCGGAUGUGGAGAGCUAUGCUUGAAAACCACCAUGCACAAUAUAUCAUCAUCUCAUUAGCCUACCAUGUAAAAAGUCCAACCGCAGCACUACAAAAUGAGUUCUACAGAGAGGCCUUGAUGCACCUUAGACAUGAAAUUAUUUGCUUUCAGUCUAGCUUUGUACAUUGGGUUGACGCACAUAAAUCCUACGUGGAAGCUCUCAACACCUGGAUUCAGAAGUGCAUCUUGCUGCCUCAAGAGCGUGCCUCUAGGGGAAGGAAGGUAACCUUCUCCCCUCGCCGUGCCCUUGCUCCUCCAAUAGUUGUCCUCUUGCGUGAUUGGUUGGCAGGAAUCCAGACACUCCCUCCAGCGGAGGUCUGUGAUUCCAUCAAAAGCAUGGCCUCAGACCUGCAUAGCUUCUUUGAGCAGCCAAUAGAAGAAAGACAAGCAGAAAGGAGAGAUGAAGAGGUGGAAAUUGAGAGAAAAUCUGAGCUCAGGGAGAACAAGGGAGAGGAGAAAUGUGAGAGGGAUUCAAAGUUGUGCAGUUUUCAGACUAGCUUGACAAGAUCGUUUGAUAGGUUGACAAAGUUUUCAGAGGCCAUAGUGAAAAUUUAUGAAGAUGUCAAACGGGAAAAUGAGACGGCUCGGAAUGCAUAUGCAGACGGUAGAAUCAGGUAAUGACAUAACUAUGUGAACAUUAUCUUGGUAAUUAUAUUUGAUGGAAGGAACCUUGUGUGAGGAGAUGAUUUGAGAUCUAUUGUUGGCUGUAAAUUCCUUUUUGUCAGCAAGGCUUGAUGCUAUCAAAUGUUUGACAUUCCCAGUUAAGCAUACAUUGCCAGAGUACAUU